AUGUCUAAAAGAUUUAUUCUGUCUUUGAACAUAUUACCUAUUGAAGUUAUUUAUCAUAUAUUUGAUAAACUCAAUGUAAAAACUAUUAUUCUUUCACUUUAUAAUGUAUGUAAACAAUUGAAUACUAUAAUAAAUGCUUAUUUUCAUAAUGCUCGGUAUCAACUAAAUUUUGAUAAUAUGUCGAAAGUUGAUUUUAUUCGAAUUUGCCGAUUUAUUCAACCAGAAAAUAUGAUUUCACUUACACUUUCUGAUCAACCAACUACACCAGGUCAAAUUUCCUUAUUUCUCUCAUUAUUUUCUAUUGAACGAUUUACUCAACUUCGUUCAUUAAUACUUUUUUGUAUUGAAAAUGACCAUUUGAAUAUUAUAUUGGAACAUGCUAUCAAUUUUCCACUUGUCUUACUAUCAAUUCAAGAGAAAGAUAAUUCUCAUCGUUCGACUACAAUCGAUACUCUUCUCUCUAGAAUCAUAGAACGACCUGGUCUUCAAAAUUUGACUUUGAGUUUGAAAAAAGAUGGUAGUGAUCAAAUAAAAUGGCCAAUUUCAUCAACAAUACAACAUUUGACUCUAUAUCAUUGUGAUUUAUCACAUUUUCCGAUUAUUUUUCGUCAUUUUUCUUCUUUACGAACAUUAUUCAUUAAAUAUUGUGACAUGAUCGAUUAUGAACCUAUUGGUUUUGAAAUACCUUUUGAUCCUGUACCAAUGCAUCAAUUAACUUCAUUAAUAAUGGAAGAAUUUAACUUCAACAUGAGCAAAGUCAUAUCAUUUCUUUCUAAUAUAUCAUCAUUGACACAUCUUCGAUUGAUUGGUAGCAUAAAUGAAAUUGAUUUUCCAUGGGAACAACUGAUACAAACAAAUUUACCUUUGUUAAAUCAAUUUGAAUUUUCCUUUUACAUGAAUAUAUAUGAAGAUGAUAGCUCUAUUAAUACCGACACACUUAUUGCUCCAUUUCGAACACCAUUCUGGAUAAAAAUCAAAAGUUGGUUUGUUACUUGUGAUCAAUUUAUUCGCGACGAUGAUAAUAAUAAUAAUAAUAUUACAAGACCAAAGUAUGAUAUUCAUCUCUAUUCAAUACCUGUUCGUAAUCGUUACUUUCAUUACUAUUCUCAAUCGAUCAAAACUACUUCUUCAACUUCAACGGAUAUUAAUAAUGAUAUAUCAGUAAUGGAUUAUGUGCAUACUGUGUAUGUAAACACAGAUAUAAUGAUGGCCACGACAACAACAAACGAAGUUCGACUACAAACAUGUCGAUUUCGAAAAGCAUCGAAUCUCAAUAUUCGAAUUGAUAAUCCAUGGCCAGUUGAUUUCGUUCAACAUCUUUCGUCAUUUAUCGAUCUAUCACAUCUUGAAAAACUCACAUUAGUUGAUGAAUUAGCUGAAGAUUUUUAUCCGAAUACGCCAAUACAUUUCGUUACUCUACUUCAACAAGCAUAUAAUGUUCGUUCACUCGUUUUCAAAGAUAAAUGGCUUGAUAAAACUUGUGGUAGUAAUAUGGAAAAUUUCUGUUCUUUAAUUCCAAAUCAUAUCAAAUAUUUGGAAAUUGAUAUCUCAAUUAUGGAUGAUAUGAAAAUCAUACUCAAUCGACUUGAUCAUUUAUUAAGCGUGACAUUUCGAUUCAUAAGUCGAAAACAACAUUGGCCAAACAAAAUUAUUAAAUGGCUCUCGAUAAGAAGAGAUGCAACAUAUAGUACAGACCUUUACACUUUAUCAAUAUGGCUCGGUAAGAAGAAGAAGAAGAAGAGAAAGACAUGUGAACAAAUGACGAAUGAUAUUAAACGUAUUAAAACGAAUUGAUCGUUUUUAUUAUUCAUGAUUUGUUGUUGAUUGACUUUUUUUUUUGUAUAUAGACAUUUCUGUAUAUAUUCUGUUUUUUGUGUUGUCUUCUUUUUGACCUAGAAUAAUAUAUUACUGCCUAAAAAUAACAUAGUUUCUCAAAAUAAACUAUGAAAAAUGAGUGUAACUAUAAUGAAAUGGAUGAUAUGUGGGGCACUACAAAAGUUUUUUCGUCCGGCUCUUAGAAAAGUCGCAGUUUGAAUUCAAGUAUUUUGUUAUAAUGCUUAGACGUAUUUAGGAUUAUAUCCAAAGUUUCAGACUUUUAAGUCUUAUACUUUGGUGUAGUCAAUAAUUUCGUUUACGAUUUCCAUAGGACAAUUAAGCUUACAAUUGCAUUUUCUGUGUUAAAAAAUCAACAAAAUUCUGAGCAAUCAAAUUUUGACGCUGCGAAAACAACGUGUCUUUGACACGAGACAAAUCCGAUUUUUAUCUUCUUUCAUCUUUGUCUUACUUGAUAUUUUUUAUUAAGGCCACCCUCUCUCCACCCUCAAAAACCGAUCUCAGCCCAGAAACGUCCAAAUAGACGAAAAUGAGGAGACUAUGGUAAAAUUUUCAGCUCGAUAUCCUGACGUUGGACAGAGAUAUGAAUCAAACAAGGAUCAAAAAAUAGCUCAUCUAAUUUCCAAAAAUUUCCUAUGGACUUUCAUUAUAUAUAUACUUUUUUUUGUUUGAGAGCUUGUCUCUAGGGUGUGAGUGUGGGUAUGGGUGUUCCUUUUGUCUUUAAUCACAUAUAUCCACACCCGCAUCCACACUCACACCCAGCGCUCACACCCCACACCCACACCCUCCACAAAAGAAGUGAUGAUAACAAUCAACAUAAAAUCUGGAUUCUAUAGAGUAUUUAGUAGAUUUGUAAUUGAUUUAUAUUCUGUUAUAAAAUUUUCUGAUGAUAAUAAUAGUUAGAUUCUGAGUUUAUUUAGAGAUUACAAAUCUAGAAAAAAGACUAACUAAUGAACAAGUUCAAUAUUUACAUGAAUGUAAGUAUGUAUAUAUUAUAUUUUUAUUUUUUUCAAUACGAAAUUCAUAAAAUUAGACUAUACAAUGAAUCA